GUGAAAGGAGGCCUGAAUUCUGAAAUAUCGUAAACGUGCGAACCCCAGCUCUCGUGCGACUCCAUAAGCGCUACUGCUGCAUUAGCAAUAGCGAUAGCUUCAUUAUAGCCUUCUCUAAUGGCGAUAAUUUUUCAUUAGACCACUUUAGAUUUCCGGAGCUCACUCUUCGAUAGAGCCAACUUAUAUGCUACUUUAAUCCAUCUCUUCUCCUUACACUUUUCAACAACGGAGCUUUACCAUGUCUUCGUCGACUCUUAAACCCUUCUUUCCUCCCACUAAAUUGCCUUUACCCUCAUCAUCUUCUUCGUCUUCCUGUACUUUUCCUCCAAUUUCCUUCUCUAGGAAGCUGAGAAAUGGUGUCUCGUUGCGACUCUGUGCUUACGACUCUUCCAAGAGCGGCAAUCCCGAUGCCUCUGGCGAUUCCAAGCCUCCCAACGGUACUUUGCCAAAAACUCGGAGAGACAUUCUGCUGGAAUAUGUUAAAAAUGUCCAGCCAGAAUUCAUGGAAUUGUUUGUUCAGAGGGCACCACAACAGGUCGUUGAAGCAAUGCGCCAAACAGUCACAAAUAUGAUUGGAACUUUACCUCCACAGUUUUUUGCAGUUACUGUCACCACAGUUGCUGAAAAUCUUGCACAGCUCAUGUACAGUGUAAUGAUGACUGGAUAUAUGUUUAAAAAUGCUCAAAAUCGCUUAGAACUGCAGCAAAGUUUAGAGCAGGUUGCUCUUCCAGAACCAAAGGAUGAAAAGGAUGAUUCGAAUUAUGCGGCCGGUACGCAAAAGAAUGUCACGGGUGAAGUUAUCAGGUGGAAUAAUGUAUCUGGUCCCGAGAGAAUUGAUGCUAAAAGGUACAUAGAAUUACUUGAAGCAGAGAUAGAGGAACUGAAUCGUCAAGUAGGUAGAAAAUCUGCAAAUGGGCAAAAUGAACUCUUGGAAUAUCUCAAAACACUUGAACCCCAAAAUUUGAAGGAGUUGACAAGUAGCGCUGGUGAGGAUGCUGUCGUUGCAAUGAAUACAUUCAUAAAGCGCCUAUUAGUGGUUUCAGAUCCAGGUCAAAUGAAGACAAGUGUAACAGAGACAACAGCACCGGAGCUGGCAAAGCUUCUGUAUUGGCUAAUGGUGGUCGGGUACAGCAUUCGCAACAUUGAAGUUCGAUUCGACAUGGAAAGAAUUCUGGGGAGUUCACCGAAGCUUGCAGAAUUACCUCCUGGAGAAAUUGUGUAAGCCAGCAAGCAAGGCCUGAAUUUUGAGUUUUUGAUGGGACUUCAGCUGGAAGCAAUUAUAUAAAUCCAUAGACGACUAAACUAUAUGUUCAUUGUUCGGGAGGAGAACAUCUGCCAUCGCCACCCACUAUUUAACUUUUACGACCGUUUUGUAAACGUAAAAGAAUGAAGUUACUUGGACUUAUAUUGUAAGUUUUGCAAUUUGUAAGAUGCAACAGACCUUAACAAUUUACAAAAUUUUAUUCUCACGUUUUAUUUAUUUAUUUAUUUUUAA